ACUCUCUAUCACACUGAAGAUGGGAAGAGCUUACUCAGGAGGGAGAGACAUGGGGACAGGUUACACAGUCCAUCUGCUAGUUGGCUCCCUUGGCCAUAAUUUAGUAACUACUGAACUAGACAAGGUGGGAUAGAAAUGUAUUAAUAGUGUUUUGCUGCUGUCUGGGGCUUCACCAAGGGAGUUUUGGGUUGGACUGGAACAGAAUUAGAUGCAGGGAAGGGUAAGACAUUGGUGGCAGACUGAAGUCAUUGGGACCACACUGGUGAAUCUGCUGCCAGGGUUAGAUGGGAUGGAGUUCAUCCUGCUCAAUGCUUGGGCUCCAUGACCUUUUAACAUCUUGAGGGCUUUGUUUUCAGACAUUUCAUGUCAUGAUGUGGCUAGAAUAUGGCUGCAAGCAUGUGCUGGGGGACAAGGAACCUCCCUGCCUUCCUUCCUCUGCUUGUGUUUCAGGUCACCUUCUAUGAAGACAAGAAUUUCCUAGGCCGUAGCUAUGAGUGUGACGGUGACUGCCCUGAUUUUCACACCUACCUGAGCCGCUGCAACUCCAUCCGUGUGGAUGGAGGUGCCUGGGUGGCCUAUGAGAGGCCCAACUUUUCUGGGAACAUGUAUGUUCUGACACAAGGGGAGUAUCCUCAUUACCAGCACUGGAUGGGCCUGAACGACCGCCUUGGCUCCUGCAAAGCCAUUCAGAUACCAAGUGGAGGCCGGGGCCACAUCCAGGUAUUUGAGAAGGGAGAUUUUGGUGGGCAGAUGUUUGAAACCACCGAAGACUGCCCUUCAGUCUUGGAGGAGUGGCACAUGCGUGAGGUCCAUGCCUGCAGAGUGCUGGAGGGCGUCUGGGUUUUCUAUGAGCACCCCAACUACCGGGGCAGGCAGUACCUGCUGCCCAAGGGGGAGUACCGCAAGCCUGUGGAGUGGGGAGCGGCCGGCCCCACUGUCCAGUCCUUCCGCAGCAUUGCCCAGUGAGGACCCCAUUCACUCAAUA